AUGGUCGACCACAAGAGCUUGCCAACUCACUUUUUAGGAGGCAACUCGCUGGACCUUGCUCCCGAAGGAGCCGUAAGAGAUUAUGUCAAAGCCCAUCAAGGCCACACCGUCAUUACCAAGGUCUUGAUUGCCAACAAUGGUAUGGCUGCCAUGAAAGAGAUUCGAUCCGUUCGCAAGUGGGCAUACGAGACCUUUGGCGAUGAGCGUGCCAUUGAGUUCACUGUCAUGGCAACACCCGAGGAUUUGGCUGGCAAUGGUGAAUACAUUCGCAUGGCUGACAACUAUGUCGAAGUCCCUGGUGGUACCAACAACAACAACUAUGCCAAUGUGGAGCUUAUUGUGGAUGUUGCUGAGCGUAGCGGGGUACAUGCAGUGUGGGCUGGAUGGGGUCAUGCAUCCGAGAACCCAAAGCUACCCGAAAUGUUGGCUCAAAGCAAGAACAAGUGUGUAUUCAUUGGUCCACCAGCAUCAGCUAUGCGAUCCUUGGGCGAUAAGAUCUCUUCCACCAUUGUUGCACAACAUGCCGAUGUCCCAACCAUGAGCUGGAGCGGUGAUGGUAUCAGUGAAGUGGCACAAACCGAGGAGGGCCAUGUUUUGGUCGAGGAUAAGGUGUAUUUGGAUGCAUGUGUGCAAACAGCCGAAGAAGGUCUCGCUUCUGCUGAGAAGAUUGGCUUCCCUGUCAUGAUCAAAGCUUCCGAAGGCGGUGGUGGCAAGGGUAUUCGUAAGGUGGAGGAUGCUGCAAGUUUCAAACAAGCUUUCCAUCAAGUCCAAGGUGAAAUCCCUGGCUCUCCUAUUUUCAUCAUGAAGCUUGCUGGCAACGCUCGUCAUUUGGAAGUCCAACUUUUGGCUGAUCAAUACGGCAAUGCUAUCAGUUUGUUUGGUCGUGAUUGUUCAGUACAACGUCGUCAUCAAAAGAUCAUUGAAGAAGCUCCCGUUACUAUUGCCAAGCCUGAUGUAUUCGAGCAAAUGGAAAAGGCAGCUGUACGACUCGGCAAGCUUGUGGGUUAUGUAUCAGCUGGUACCGUUGAGUAUUUGUACAGCCAUCAAGAUGAACGUUUCUAUUUCUUGGAGUUGAAUCCCAGAUUGCAAGUGGAGCAUCCAACCACUGAAAUGGUCUCCGGUGUCAAUUUACCAGCUGCUCAAUUGCAAAUUGCUAUGGGUAUCCCUCUUCAUCGUAUUCGUGAUAUCCGUGUACUCUAUGGUGUUCAACCCAACAGCGCUUCUACCAUUGAUUUCGACUUUGCCAACCCCACAUCAUUCGAAGUCUUGCGUCGUCCUACUCCAAAGGGUCACGUUAUCGCCGUUCGUAUCACUGCUGAGAACCCUGAUGCUGGAUUUAAGCCAUCUUCAGGCAUGAUGCAAGAACUCAACUUCCGAUCCAGUACCAAUGUGUGGGGUUAUUUCUCUGUUGCAUCCGCUGGUGGUCUUCACGAGUUUGCCGAUUCUCAAUUUGGUCACAUUUUUGCUUAUGGUGAAAAUCGUCAACAAGCCCGCAAGAACAUGGUGAUGGCAUUGAAGGAAAUUUCUAUUCGUGCUGCCUUCCGUACCACCGUUGAAUAUAUCAUUCGUUUGCUCGAGACUCCAGACUUUGAGGAGAACACUAUCAACACUGGAUGGCUUGAUAUGCUUAUUUCCAAAAAGCUCACUGCUGAAAGACCCGAUCCCAUGCUUGCCGUCUUUUGUGGUGCUGUCACCAAGGCACAUUCUCAAUCAGUCGAUUGCCGCCAGCUCUAUAAGCAAAGCCUUGAACGUGGUCAAGUGCCCAGCCGUGAUAUGCUCAAGACCGUUUUCACCGUUGACUUCAUUUAUGAAGACCAACGCUUCAAUUUCACUGUCACCCAAUCAUCGCCUAGCAUCUACACCUUAUAUUUGAAUGGCACAAAGACUCAAGUUGGUGUUCGUGAUCUUACUGAUGGUGGCUUGCUCGUAUCGCUUGGUGGAAAAUCACAUACAACCUACUCUCGUGAAGAAGUCCAAGCUACUCGCCUCAUGAUUGAUGGCAAGACUUGUUUGCUUGAAAAGGAAUCUGAUCCUACUCAGUUGCGCUCGCCCUCGCCUGGUAAGCUUGUUAGCUUGCUGUUGGAAAAUGGACAACAUGUCAAGGCUGGUCAAGCGUAUGCUGAAAUUGAGGUCAUGAAAAUGUACAUGCCAUUGCUCGCUCAAGAAGAUGGUUGUGUCCAAUUCAUCAAACAAGUUGGCGCUACUCUUGAAGCUGGUGAUAUCAUUGGUAUCUUGUCCCUUGAUGAUCCUUCGCGUGUGAAGCAAUUCUUGCCUUUCACUGGUACUAUCCCCGCUUUUGGUCCUCCUCAUUUCACUGGUGACAAGCCUGUGCAACGUUUCCAUGCUACCAAGGGCACUCUCGAGUACAUUCUUCAAGGCUAUGACAACCAAGCUCUUGUUCAGACCGCUAUCAAGGAUCUCACUGAUGUCUUGCGUGAUCCCAAGUUGCCAUAUUCGGAAACCGCUGCUCUCAUGUCAUCCAUGUCGGGCCGUAUUCCUGCCAAGCUCGAGUCCAGUUUGCAAGAUUGCCUUGAUGCUAGCAAGGAUGAGUUCCCUGCCACCAAGUUGUUGGAUGCUAUUGAAGCCUACGUUCGUGAGCACGUGAACACUCAAGCUGAAGCAACCGCCGUCAAGACCCAAACUGCUCCAUUGAGUGCUAUCUUUGAGCGCUAUGUUAAGGGACUUGCUUAUCAUGAGUACAUGGUCUAUGUUGAUUUGAUGGAACAAUAUUGCGACGUUGAGAUCUUGUUCAGUGGCCAAAACCGAUAUGAGGAAGUCAUUUUGUCUUUGCGUGACCAAAACAAGGAUGAUCUUGAAAAGGUGCUUGCUAUCAUUUUGUCCCAUGCCAAGGUUUCCAGCAAGAACAACUUGGUGCUUAUCCUUUUGGAUCUCAUUGCUCCUCAUGUUGGCACCAGUGGCCUUGACAAGUUGUUCACUCCCAUGCUCAAGCGCCUUUCGGAAAUUGACAGCCGUGCUUCGCAAAAGGUUGCCCUUAAGGCUCGUGAGUUGUUGAUCUUGUGCCAAUUGCCAUCCUAUGAAGAACGCCAUAGCCAAAUGCUUCAUAUUCUCGAGCGCUCGGUUACUGAGAAUGUAUACGGUGGUGGUGUGGAACGUCGUCCUCCCAACUAUGAAGCUUUCAAGGAUCUUAUCAACACCAACUUCAACGUCUUUGAUGUGUUGCCCAACUUUUUCUACCACAGCGAUCCUUACGUUGCCUUGGCUGCUCUUGAAGUCUAUGCUCGUCGUUCUUACCAUGCUUACAAGAUUUUAGAUGUGGCCUACAACUUGCAACAUGAGCCCUAUGUCAUUGCUUGGAAGUUUACAUUGCCCAACAGCAGUGCUCGCAACAGCGUUGAUUCCAACAAGCGUAUUGCUUCUUACUCCGAUUUGACCUUCUUGCUCAACAGCACUGAAGAAGAGCCUGUACGCACUGGUGCCAUGGUUGCCUGCAAGUCCGCUGAGCAAGUGCAAAGCGAAUUGCCCCGCAUUUUGACAGCCUUUGAAGAAGAUCCUGCUGCCAAGCAACCUACCACACGCAUGGAGAAUAUUCUCAACAUUGUUGUGCAAAGUGAUGAGGAUAAGGAUGAGUCUUUCUGGCAAAGUGAGAUUCCAAAGGUGGUUGCCCAAUACAAGGAUGCUUUCCGUCGUGCCCAUUUGCGUCGUAUUACGGUCAUUGUUUACCGUACCAACCAAAUGCCCGAUUUCUACACCUUCCGUGAGCGUCAAGAUUAUGCUGAAGACACCACCAUUCGUCAUAUUGAGCCUGCUCUUGCUUAUCAAUUGGAGCUUGCACGCUUGUCCAACUUUGAUAUCAAGCCUUGCUUUAUUGAGAACCGCCAAAUGCAUGUGUACUAUGCUGUGGCUAAGGAGAACCCAAGUGAUUGCCGCUUCUUUAUUCGCUCUUUGGUGCGACCAGGUCGUGUUAAGGAGGAGAUGCGUACCGCUGAUUAUUUGAUUUCCGAGAGUGAUCGCUUGUUGACCGAAAUUUUGGAUACGCUUGAGAUCGUCAGCCAUGAAUACAAGAACUCUGACUGCAACCACUUGUUCAUCAACUUCAUCCCUACCUUUGCUAUUGAACCUGAUGAGGUGGAACAUGCUUUGAUGGCUUUUGUUGAUCGUCACGGCAAGCGUCUUUGGAAGUUGCGUGUUACUGGUGCUGAGAUUCGUUUCAACAUUCAAUCCAAGCGCCCUGAUGCACCUGUGAUCCCUAUGCGUUUCACUGUUGACAACGUUUCUGGAUACGUGCUCAAGAUGGAAGCUUAUCAAGAAGUCAAGACCGACAAGAGUGGCUGGAUCCUCAAGUCCGUGGGUAGUGUGGCUGGUGCUAUGCACAUGCAGCCUGUUCUCACCCCUUACCCCACAAAGGAGUGGUUGCAGCCUCGUCGUUACAAGGCUCAUCUUAUGGGUACCACCUAUGUUUACGAUUUCCCCGAAUUGUUCAAGCAAGCUAUUCAUCAACAAUGGGUACAAGCCAUCAAGAAUGAUCCCACUUUGAAGGAACCUGGUCAUAUUAUCGAGGGCAAGGAAUUGGUUGUUGAUGAGGAUGGCUCUAUUCAAGAAAUUGAGCGUGCACCUGGUACCAACACUGUGGGUAUGGUGGCAUGGCUUUUGACAUUGCGCACCCCUGAAUAUCCUCAAGGACGUCGUGUGGUUGUUAUUGCCAAUGACAUCACUUUCAAGAUUGGUUCAUUUGGUGUUGCCGAGGAUAAUGUCUUUUACAAGGCUUCCGAAUUGGCUCGUAAGCUUGGUGUGCCACGCAUUUACUUGUCUGCCAACUCUGGUGCCCGUAUUGGUUUGGCUGAUGAGCUCAUUAGCCAAUUCAAGGCUGCAUGGAAGGAUCCUUCUAACCCCGCUGCUGGUUUCAAGUACUUGUAUCUUACUCCCGAGACCUAUCAAGCUAUUGCUGCUCAACAAACCAAUGGCCAAAAGAGUGUCAAUGUUGAGGAAAUCGAGGAUGAAGGUGAAAAGCGAUGCCGUAUCACUGAUGUUAUCGGCUACACCGAUGGUCUUGGUGUAGAAAACUUGCGUGGAUCGGGUCUUAUUGCUGGUGCUACUGCUCGUGCCUAUGAUGAUAUUUUCACCAUCACUUUGGUCACUUGUCGCUCUGUGGGUAUUGGUGCUUACUUGGUGCGUCUUGGUCAACGUGCUGUGCAAAAUGAAGGCCAACCUAUUAUCUUGACGGGUGCUCCAGCUCUCAACAAGGUGCUUGGUCGUGAAGUUUACACAUCCAACUUGCAACUUGGUGGUACUCAAAUCAUGUACAAGAAUGGUGUUUCUCAUUUGACAGCUGAGAAUGAUCUCGAAGGUGUUGGCAAGAUUGUGCAAUGGUUGUCGUUUGUGCCAUCCGUUCGUGGAGCUCCUGUUAUCACUCGCAUUGGUGCUGAUCCUAUCGAUCGUGAAAUCGAAUACACUCCACCCAAGGGUCCCUCUGAUCCUCGUCUCUUCUUGAAUGGCAAGGAAGAAGAUGGUCGUUGGUUGUCUGGUUUCUUUGAUCGUGACUCUUUUGUUGAAACUUUGAGUGGUUGGGCCCGUACGGUUGUUGUUGGUCGUGCUCGUCUUGGUGGUAUCCCUAUGGGUGUUGUUGCUGUUGAGACACGCACCGUUGAAAACAUCAUUCCUGCUGAUCCUGCUAAUGCCGAAUCCACUGAACAAGUGCUAAUGGAAGCUGGUGGUGUGUGGUAUCCCAACUCGGCUUACAAGACUGCUCAAGCUAUCAAUGAUUUCAACAAGGGUGAACAAUUGCCAUUGAUGAUCUUUGCCAACUGGCGUGGUUUCUCUGGUGGCCAACGUGACAUGUACAACGAGGUCCUCAAGUAUGGUGCUCAAAUUGUCGAUGCUCUUAGCAACUACAAGCAGCCUGUGUUCGUGUACCUUGUUCCUAAUGGCGAGUUGCGUGGUGGUGCUUGGGUCGUUAUUGACACCACCAUCAACCAGGAGAUGAUGGAAAUGUAUGCCGACACUCAAGCUCGUGGUGGUGUGCUUGAACCUGAGGGUAUUGUUGAAAUCAAGUAUCGUAAGCCCCAAUUGUUGGCUACCAUGGAACGUCUUGACGAAAAGUAUGCAAGCCUCAAGCGUCAACUUGCCGAGUGCACUGAUGAAUCCAAGACUGCCGAGAUCAAGAAGCAACUUGAGAGCCGUGAACAAGAAUUGUUGCCUGUGUAUCAACAAAUUGCUAUUCAAUUUGCUGAUUUGCAUGAUCGUGCUGGUCGUAUGGAAGCUAAGGGUGUUAUUCGCAAGCCUCUCGAAUGGCGUUAUGCCCGUCAAUACUUCUACUGGCGUGUGCGUCGUAGACUUGCUCAUGAGUACACUAUCCGCAAGAUGGCUGAUGCUGCUCCUCGUCUCUCUCGCGAUCAAAUGAGCUCCCUUAUCAAGCAAUGGUUCUAUGACUCUGCUGAAAAUGGUCACGUGAACUGGGAGGAUGAUGAUCGUUUGAUUGCUGAAUGGUUCGAUAACCACACUGCUCAUGUUGAUCAACGUAUUGCCAAGCUCAAGAGCGAAGCUACCAAGGAGCAACUUGUCCUUCUCGGUACUACGGAUCAAGAAGCUGUUGUCGAAGGCUUUAGCAAGCUCAUGGAAACCAUGUCGCCUGAAGCUCGCAAGGAAAUUCUUCGCAAGUUGGCUACUCGUUUCUAA